GGCGGGAGGGAGGAUGGGGCCGGGCCUGCGCUGCGGCGGCGCGGGGAGGGCCUGGGAUGGGAGAGGGGCCUGAGUCGGAGGGGGCCGUCUGAGGGAGCUGUCGGAGUUCCUGGGAGAAUCAGGGCUUCCCGCUGUGCCCCGGGGCCUGGGGGACGAGGAGCUGCCGCUUGGCUGGUAGGAGAUGAAGGUUGGAGAUGUCUGGGGCUGCUGGGGCAAUAGGAAACUUGCUCUGAACUACUGAAUUAAAAAAAAAAAAAGAGUACGUGUCCCAGGGAGGUUCGGUUGGGUUAAGAGCUCCUGGGACACCAGGCCUGCUCCUUUCGGGGCCCGUAGAAGCAAGCGGCAGUUUAAAAAGGGCUUUUGAGAGAAUCGUUUUGCCCCCAGGACAACUAACUGACUAUGAGGCGGUUGGAGUAAGAUGGGACCUGGGAGGAGGGUACCCUGUCCGGAGAUCUGGGAGAGGAGAAAGGUCAGGAUCUGUGAGGAGCUUCAUUCUCUGUUGAGUUCGAGAUCCUCUUCUAGGAAGACAUACUGGGAAUUGGUGAAGCGAGAAGGAGAGUGAUACUGUCUUGGGGCACAGUGAUUCUGGAAGUUGUAAUUCCGGAAAGUUGGUUGGAAGAGUAAACUUGUUUCUAGUCAGGGAGGGAGGAGGAGCUCUCUGAAGGUUGCUAAGUUACCAGAAGCUUGUAGGCACCGCCUAGGGCUGAUGUUUGGGGAAGUUAGUUCUUUCAGGUCCAAAUUCGGGCUUAGUUACGGCGUGUCCUCAUUCUUUUUUGGCUGCCCGGAGCUCUUCAAUUGGUUUCCACGAGCCCAUCUUGAGCUAAGAGAUUGUGUAGGUGCUGAGGGCUGAUGAAUGUCUUUGGGUCCAGAGACAUUUGACCUAAAUCUCUAGGUUAGGAGUUUUCAAACUUUUGAAAAAAUCAUGCUUCAUAUUAAGAAGAACGUUUUUCAUUAUCGUCUAGUACAUACAUACCCACAUAGGAACAAGAAGUUUCACAAAGCAGUACUCACUCUUAUUACUAAUGAUGCAUACUGAUAAUGGUUAUUAUAUUUCAUUCUUUUUAUUUAAGAAAUACUAACUAAAUGCACUAAAUUGAUACACGGGUCAUAACUUGCAGUUUGACAAACUGUCUCCAGGGCACAUUUUUUUGGCUUCGAUUAGUGUCUUCCUGUAUGUUUCUAGAGAACAAGGAUGAUAAUAAGGAGAUGGGUAGGGAGGGAGAGUGGAAACCCCCUGGUGCAAUUGAUUACUUCUUUUGUUUACAUAUUUAGAAGGUGUAGCAAAUUAUACCAUAAUCUUUGAUGUCUUAAUUUGCCUGAUCAGUUGAUGAAAUUUUGAAAUAAGUAUGUGCUUUUAAUUCUCUCUGUUCUUUGCUGGAUCUGAGAAAUAUGAGAGGCCUAGUUCCAUAGAGUUGAUUCAUCCCUACAACAUCUUUAAGAAUUUUAGGAGAGGAAGAUGGAUCAACCUAGCGGGAGGAGUUUUAUGCAAGUAUUAUGUGAAAAAUACAGUCCUGAAAACUUUCCUUAUCGCCGUGGUCCUGGGAUGGGAGUCCAUGUCCCAGCCACACCUCAGGGCUCUCCUAUGAAAGAUCGCCUCAACCUCCCAAGUGUACUGGUGUUGAACAGCUGUGGAAUUACCUGUGCAGGAGAUGAGAAAGAAAUUGCUGCCUUCUGUGCUCACGUGUCAGAACUAGAUCUCUCUGACAACAAACUUGAAGACUGGCACGAGGUCAGUAAAAUUGUGUCAAAUGUUCCCCAGUUGGAGUUUCUAAACCUGAGUUCCAACCCUCUGAAUUUAUCAGUUUUAGAAAGAACAUGUGCUGGGUCCUUCUCUGGGGUUCGAAAACUUGUCCUCAACAACAGCAAAGCUUCUUGGGAGACAGUCCACACGAUACUGCAGGAGUUACCAGAUUUGGAAGAACUCUUCCUGUGCCUUAAUGACUAUGAAACAGUGUCUUGUCCUUCUAUUCGCUGUCAUUCUCUUAAGCUACUACAUAUAACAGACAAUAAUCUCCAAGACUGGACUGAAAUACGCAAGUUAGGAGUUAUGUUUCCCUCACUGGAUACCCUUGUCCUGGCCAACAACCAUUUGAACGCUAUCGAGGAGCCUGAUGAUUCAUUGGCCAGAUUGUUCCCUAAUCUGCGAUCCAUCAGCCUCCACAAGUCAGGUUUGCAGUCCUGGGAAGACAUUGACAAACUAAACUCAUUCCCUAAACUUGAAGAAGUGAGAUUGUUAGGAAUUCCUCUUCUGCAGCCAUACACCACCGAGGAGCGAAGGAAGCUGGUAAUAGCCAGAUUGCCAUCGGUCUCCAAACUUAAUGGCAGUGUUGUUACUGAUGGUGAGCGAGAAGACUCCGAGAGAUUUUUUAUCCGUUACUAUGUGGAUGUCCCACAGGAAGAAGUGCCAUUCAGGUAUCAUGAACUAAUCACAAAAUAUGGGAAGUUGGAGCCUUUGGCAGAAGUGGACCUGAGACCCCAGAGCAGUGCGAAAGUAGAAGUCCACUUUAAGGACCAGGUGGAAGAGAUGAGCAUUCGUCUGGACCAAACAGUAGCAGAACUAAAGAAACAGCUAAAAACUCUAGUUCAGUUACCCACGAGCAACAUGCUUCUCUACUAUUUUGACCAUGAAGCGCCCUUUGGCCCAGAGGAAAUGAAGUACAGCUCUCGAGCCUUGCAUUCUUUUGGCAUUAGGGAUGGAGACAAAAUUUUUGUGGAAUCCAAGACAAAAUAACCUCCGCCAGCCUUGUGAGAACAUACACAUUAGGACUUGCAGGGCAUUUGUUCCAUGAGGUUUUCUUCAGGAGGGAGAAGGUUGUUUUGUUUAGUUUUGUUUUGUUUAGGCUUUGGGGGAUUUUGUAUAUUUCCCUCUAAAAUGGGUCAGGGGGCUGUUUUUGGUAUUUUCUACCGCCGAUUCCUUCAGCUCUGCCACCAGAAUUGGCCACAUGCCCAGCCCCUGUGUCCACCCUCACGAGAGAUGACCGGGCAGCACCGACUUCCAACUGUGCUCACAGGCAUCUGUCCACCACUUGGUCGUCAUGACCACCCAGGUGCGCUUGUGGCGCUGGUGUGAGCAGUGAGGCCCCCAGAAGGGCCUCUGCGCUUAAAUCAGGAGACGAGGAAUCUUUCCAGGAAGGCCCGGCAUGCCUCUCUCUCAGCUCCUCCAUUUCCCCUCCCUCUCUCCUUUCCUUCUUGAGUUCCGUUUUUCCUUAUGACUCCUGUCUGCAGGUUUGCCCAAUAGUUUUAUUCUGUCCAUAACUAACUUCUCAUUGCUCAACUUGGGUAAGUUUGUUCUUCAUUUCUCCCUUUUGAAAUAAUUUCACGUGUUUCAAGCGUUUCUCAACCUGAUUGUGAUCUCAGGUACUCAGUUGGAACCUUUAGUUCUGUUAGGGUCUGGAAGAAGAGUCCGUGAAGGAACGCCGGCUGCUGGAAGCGCAGGCACGAGCAGUCUGAGCUCUGUGUGUGUGACUGUCCCGGUCUUAAUGUUCCUCCCCCAGUAGAUCACCCAUUACUGACAUGAAAUAGGUCAAAUCCCAGAGUUCUUUGCUUUUUGCUUUUUGAAUGUAUUUUUUUCAUGUCUGUCUCUUUCAUUACUUUAUUGGGAAUGGAGGCCUGACUUUAUGAAGAAUCCAAUAGUGCAAUGGAUAUACAUGCCAGGAGAGCUAAGAGUUACCUAAUAUACUCUUGGUAGUAUGUGUGAGGGAGUCACAUAGAGGGGAUAUGGGAGAAAGUGUUUCGUGACUUUCCUGCCUGGCAUCAUUUGAAGUCUUUGCUCUCGCACUUUGCGUUAGAAGUGGGAAAUUUUCAUCAAAGGGAUCUUUGAUUCCCAGUUCUUCCCUGAGAUUUUGUGAUGUCAUAAUUAAACAAUUCUUUUUGUUUUAUGUUUCAACUUAGUUGCCCCUACAGGAGAACAGCUCUGACUAAUCUCUGAGUAAAGUAUAAGUGUCAAAACUUCAGAUUUGCCUCCAAGUUAUGUUUUAUGCACAAUCAUAUUUAAAGCACUUUCCUUUAAAAGGUAGUCCUUACCUGCUCUGACAUCUUUUGGUUUGUUCUUCUGUUCCUUUGUUAGUCAAUGUAGUCUCUUUCUUUGAUAUGUUUUUCUGGAUCCACCGUGUUUACCGAAGGGAGACUUGAGAAGGACUUAGUGCCACUGGGGCAGAAAAUGUGCACAUGAAGUAUUUUUCAAAGAAUGUAAUUGUUAUCUGAUUGCAUUUGACCUUUUGACCUUGGUUACAUGAUUCCAUCGCUUCUACAAACUUAAUUUCUUAUGAAAUUUUUAGAUGACUCUUGUAAACCCUUCUCUGAUACAAAGUUGUGUUUAUUAUUGCUACUUUUUCAGUCAUCCUAGGCCACAAUAGCAGAUAUUUAUUCUCUUAAUGCACUUCAGGUUCAGUAUCUGUAAAGCCUUUGACCCAGGCUUGCUGAGUCAAAUCUACAUUCACUGUAACGUUGAAGGUAGAAACCAAAGGGUUUAGGAAGAUGAAUGAGGCCAGCUCUCCUUCUGCUGCAGACUUUAUCUUUCAAAAUCAUAAAAAUGAACAAUGGAGAUCCAGGUGGGGUAUAGACAAGAAUAAUUAUUUUGCGAUCACAUUUUCCUGACAGAUUUUUGGAGGUGGGAAAAAGUGUGGCAACAGUGUCAUGACAAUUAAAACUGUGGGUGCUUUGUGUACGUGCGUGUGAGUGCAGACGAGUAUGAGAGAGAAACAGUGUAAUUGAGCCCGUCGCUUUUGUCAGCCUGGGAAACAGAUGAGCUCUUAUUUUUUAAGGCUGUCUGACCCACGACUGUCUCACAGCAAAAAGCAGAGCGAACACCUGUGUUACGCUUUAAUCAUCAGUGAAAUAGUAACAAUUAAUAAGAUAUUUUAUAUAUGACAAAGUUUUAUGAAAAUGCUUUUUUACUAUUGGAGACUUGUUCCUUCUGCUACUACAGAACACAGUGCCCAUCAGCUGCAGGCAUAAUUCUCCGAUUACACAGUUGCAUGUCAAGGGAACUUUUCAUUUAAUUCAAUGGCCAUGGGUAUUUGGGGGACAUUGUAAUUGAUGGUUCUAAUAAUUGCUAAAUGAUUUUUGAUUGAGACAAGAUCUAAUGCAAUUAUCAGUCUUUUAGAGUUACAGAACAGAAGUAAAUAAGAAAAGCUGUUUGAGCAUGUAUACAUGUAGACUUAUUUGGGUGGCCGAGUAAAGAUGCUGCUCUUGAAAUAAAAUUGGUGCUGUGUAGACACUUGUAACCAAAAUUAUUUUUAUAACAGGCCAAAAAGAAGGAGAAGAGAGACUGGAUUUUUGAGUCAACAAGUUAUGCAUAAUUGAUUGUAGCUUAUCUGUUUUAAUGUUAACUUCAUCCAGAUUCAGCGAGAGCAUAUCAUUGACAUUUAUGAAGCAAAAUUCUGUCAUAGCCAGUAUUACAGAUAAUGUUGCUACAGGCACAGUGUAUAGAACAUAUCCUUUCUAAAAUAGAAAUUCUUUUCAGUUAUGAAAAAGGAAAGGAGUAAUAAAAGAAAACCAAGUCAAAACUGAGGCAUCCUUUUCAUGUGGGCAUGGAGCUGCUGAAACCACAGUGGAAAUAAAUUUUUGAAUUUGAAUUGUUGAAAUAUCCCACAUUGCUUUAAAAAAAAAAGUUCAGAGUCAUGUAUCUUUUUUUCUUACUGAAAGUUUCUAUUGUUUCUGUAACCUAUUGCCACCAUGACUGUAAAUACCUAAGAAAGCAGAUAUUAUGUAACCCUUGUUCCUUUAAGACCUUUUGGUGAAAAUAAGCCCAAAACAUGAGCUGUAUGUAACAAAGCCAAAUGUUAUGAUGCUAUGUUUUAAAAGUUUGUUUCCUUGAAAAGAAAGUUCAGUUCUAAGCAAAUAUUUCAGCUAUGUUGCUAAAUCAGCAGUGUUAUGAACAGGGAAGACAUGUUACACCAGUAACUUGUCACUGUUUGAGGCACGCAGGUGACAGCUUUUAGGAGCCCGUGUGUUGAGGGUGGCUUGCUCCAUGGGAGGUGCUAGGUUCCAGGGCAAAUAAAACAGAAUGCAGAAUAAUAGAUUGUUCUAAGCAAUGUCCUUUCCAUUGAGGAAUUUGACUUUUCCCCUCAUUUCAUGUUGGAUUGCAAAUGCAAACCAACUGCUUCCAAGAACACCCAGAAGCUCUCUGUGUUACCAGGUGUGUUGUGAACACUCUAUUUUUCAUAGGUGCUUCCUUCGAAUAUGUGUCCAUUGUAGUGAUGGAGAGGGACUGGACUCUCUCAGGCUCUUUACUUGCCAGUUGUCUCCUGCAGUUAAUGGAAAUAUAUAUAUUUUAUUUUAGAAUAUAAUUUAAACAUGAAGGUCUAUUCUUUGCACUUUUUAUUAAUAUAUAUAUAGAGAGAUAAUCUUUAAAAAAAUUAAAAAUCCAAGUCCACUU